AUGGCCUGCCUAUUGGGACAUCGACUCGGUCCAGGUGCAUUACAAGAAAUAUUGAAUCAUGUUAUUCGUAAUGUCCACUGUCCAACUCUACUAUCGGAUAUUUUACAGCGUUGUCGAUCUAUCCCAUGUGGGAUCAAUUUGAAUCCUAUGCAGCCUAAUCUGAGUGGUAGCAAUAAUCAUGGUAAUAUUAAUCCAAACACCAUUAUAGAUCCAUCUUCACUUAUGAGUAAUAAUAAUAUGACUAACCCAGUACCGAUUGGACGCAAUCAGUGUAUAGGACACGCUUGUAAUCCAGCAUCACAUUACAUUAAUAAUAAUAACAACAGCGGCACAACUGCCCCAGGCAAAAUUUUGACUUUAGACCGACCACCGUUGAAAGGAUUACUGGAUGCAGCUGUCAAUGCAUUCGUCAUGGCCACGCACACACGAUUGGCAAAUAUUAGUCCACGCCAGUAUUCAGAAUUUAUCGCUUUUCUAACACGGGCUCGAGAUACAUUUCAUCUGUUACGACCAGAUGGACCGUUGCAAUUCAGAAGUUUAGUUGAAUGCCUUCGACAAACGUAUAGAGGGAAAAGAAAAUUGGUAUCACUGCUGUCUGAGAAAUUUGACUGAUUCUUCACCGCAUUUGUAAAGUAAGAACCAUUUCUGUUUAAUAUUUACUGAUUAUUGACUUGUAGGAGUAGUUAACUUGUACAAGCAAAAAGAAAUAGCCACUUAUGAGCUCAUGCUUUUCCUAAUUAUCGUGCAACGUAGUAUUAUCUAUUUACACCCAGGUGACUCGGAUAAAUAUUAAACCACCUGUCCUUGAAAAAGCAUAUGCUGAAAAUAUAAUAGGGACUGCUGAACUUUAUACUGAUAUUCCGAUAUUUGUGGAUGCAUAUGCCUGAGUGAUACCAAGCGCCACCUAUACUGAGCGAGCUACUCAGUGUUGCUCAUCAUAUUCUACAGCAAUGUAUUUAUAGACCAGUUUGUUGUUUUGUGAACGCUGAACAGAUUGAAUCCUUCAUUAGGACUGCUUUACACACGUAUUCUGGUCGAGUUGAGGGUUUCUCAAACGUUGGUAAGCUUCAGCAUUACUGCAUCUACACUUGAAGAUACUAUUGACGAAUAUUUCUAACACUUAUUCAAUGGAUUGUAACUAUCAUCAGAAACAGUAUUCAACAUAAGUAAUGACUCGUGAUUACAUUGACUCUUAUUGUUGUACAGCUUGCAGAUCAACCACCAUGCCUUUCGGAUAGUCGACUAAUCUGACUGUACAUGCUAUGAUGUUUAUUGUAUCCCGCAUUAUAUCUAUGAGCAUCAAAAUACAACUUGAUAGCUCUUUGGAUAUAUUCGGGAAGGUUUGCCUUCU